AUGGGGGAUGAUGCAAGUCUAAUUGAUAGCCUGCUCAGCCGCUUGUCCACAGUGUUCAAAAUUCGGGAUCUUGGAACUCCAAGUUUCUUUCUUGGCAUCGAGACACUACACACUGACACUGGAUUGAUGCUCUCACAGCGCCGAUAUAUGGGUGAUCUCUUGACUAGGGCUGGAAUGUCUGACUGCAAGCCUUUGGCCACACCAGCUGCUAUCAGUCAACCAGUUACAGCGUCCGCGGAACCGCAUGAUAAUCCGACACAGUAUCGUCGUCUAGUAGGGGCCCUACAGUAUCUCACCAUUACACGGCCAGAUCUGUCCUAUGCUGUGAACCGGUUGUGUCAGUUUAUGCAUUCACCGACUACUGAUCACUGGGCUCUACUUAAAAGGGUCUUGCGGUAUAUCAAGGGCACACUUGACUAUGGUCUACGGCUUCAAGCGUCACCUUCUACCGAGAUACAUGCUUUUUCAGACUCUGAUUGGGCCGGAUGUCAAGUCGACCGAAAAAGUACUAGUGGGUAUGCUGUCUACCUUGGAUCCAAUCUCAUUUCUUGGCUUUCCAGGAAGCAACGCACUAUGGCCCGCUCCUCUACCGAAGCCGAGUACAAGGCGUUAUGUUGGUCCCAAAAGAGGUAA